AGGAAACGUCCCUACGCGUCUCCUCACCUCCUUAACGACCAAGUAAAAUACUCCAAAACAACCUUGUCCCGAAUCUCAAUCCAGUCAACUCUGUGAAUAAAAUCUCUCACCAGAUCUACGCUCCCCACAGGGGUUUUCAGAAAAAUCUUACCGUUUGUAUUCGGACAGAGGGAGUUAGGGCUUUGGGGAAAUCUGAUCGUUUUCGCCUGGGUGCGGGAUUUCUAGGGCGCGGAGAUGGCGAGGCCCUCCGAGAAGAACUGGGAGCGGCUGGUGCGGGCGACGCUGCAGAGGGAGAAGCUCCGGUACGACGGCCGCGGCGGCCAUGAGAGGGUGCCGAGCGGGAUCGCCGGCUCCGUGCCGCCGUCGCUCACCCGGGAGACCAACAUCGACCUGAUCUUGCAGGCCGCCGACGAGAUUCAGUCCGAGGACCCCAAUGUCGCCCGAAUCCUUUGUGAGCAGGCAUAUACUAUGGCACAGAAUCUGGACCCUAAAAGUGAUGGUAGAGGUGUUCUUCAAUUUAAGACCGGUCUGAUGUCUGUGAUCAAGCAAAAACUUGCCAAAAAGGAUGGCGCUAAAAUAGAUCGUAACCGUGAUGUGGAACGUUUGUGCGAUUUCUAUCAACUGUAUAAGAGGCGGCACAGAGUGGAUGAUAUGCAAAGAGAGGAGCAGAAAUUACGGGAAUCUGGACCUUCCCGUGCUAAUUUGGGAGAGUUGGAACUCAGAUCUUCAGAAAUGAAAAAGGUUUUUGCUACGUUGAGGGCCUUGGUUGAGGUGAUGGAAGCACUGAGCAAAGAUGCAGCUCCUGAUGGUGUAGAAAGACUUAUUGUGGAGGAGGUAAGAAAGAUAAAAGAAUCAGAUGCACCAUUAGCAGGGGAGCUCACACCCUACAACAUCGUCCCUCUGGAAGCACCAUCAUUAACAAAUGCUAUAGGAUUUUUUCCAGAAGUUAGAGGUGCAAUAUCUGCUCUUAAAUACUCUGAACACUUCAGGUUUCCAGCUGGUUUUGAACUUCCUGCACUGCGGGAUGUGGACAUGUUUGAUCUUCUGGAAUUCGUGUUUGGCUUUCAGAAAGACAAUGUAAGGAACCAGCGUGAGAAUGUUGUGCUUACUGUAGCAAAUGCCCAGUCACGACUUGGAGUGCCUGGUGAAGCUGAUCCGAAAAUAGAUGAGAAGGCUAUCACAGAAGUUUUCUUGAAGGUGCUGGAUAACUACAUGAAAUGGUGCAAAUAUUUGCGGAUGCGUCUUGUAUGGAACAGUCUCGAAGCCAUUAAUAGGGAAAGGAAGCUUUUUUUGCUUGCUUUGUAUUUCCUUGUAUGGGGCGAAGCUGCAAAUGUCCGUUUUCUUCCUGAAUGCAUUUGCUAUAUAUUUCACAAUAUGGCAAAAGAGUUGGAUGCAAUAUUGGAUCGUGGCGAAGCUACUCCAGCAGUUAGUUGCAUUGGUGAAAAUGGUUCGGUGUCCUUCCUUGAGGAGAUCAUUUCUCCCAUAUAUAAGACAUUAGAAGAGGAAGCUGCUAGAAAUGACAAUGGGAAAGCCUCUCACUCUGCAUGGAGGAAUUAUGAUGAUUUUAAUGAAUAUUUCUGGUCACGUGGAUGCUUCGAUUUGGGCUGGCCUCUGAAGGGGGAUUCUUCAUUUCUUAGGAAGCCUAAAAAAAGGAAAAGGACUGGGAAAAGCAGUUUUGUUGAGCAUCGAACAUUCCUUCACUUGUAUCGUAGCUUUCAUCGCCUGUGGAUUUUUUUGGUUGUUAUGUUCCAGGCGUUGACCAUUAUAGCCUUCCAUGGUGGGAAAUUAAAUCUUGAGACCUUGAAAAGUGUACUCAGUAUUGGGCCAACAUAUACCAUUAUGAACUUAAUAGAGAGUAUUUUAGAUGUCCUGCUUACAUUUGGGGCUUACAGCACAGCAAGGGCGAUGGCUAUCUCUAGGAUUGUGAUAAGAUUUUUCUGGUUUGGAUUGAGCUCCGCAUUUGUGGUAUACCUUUAUGUGAAGGUUUUGGGAGAAAGAAAUCAAGGGUUUUCUCAAUCAACUUAUUUUCGGAUAUAUAUUCUCGUAUUGGGUGCCUAUGCCGGUUUGCGCAUCAUUUUUGCAACGCUACUUAAAUUUCCAGCUUGUCAUCGAUUGUCGGAAAUCUCCGAUCAAUCAUUCUUUCAAUUUUUCAAGUGGAUUUAUCAGGAACGAUACUUUGUGGGCCGUGGCCUUUAUGAAAGGACCACUGAUUAUUUAAGGUACGUGCUCUACUGGUUGGUGAUCUUUGCAUGCAAAUUCACGUUUGCCUAUUUCCUCCAGAUUAAGCCUUUGGUUGAUCCCACUCAAAUUAUAGUGAACCUUCCAUCACUUACAUACUCCUGGCAUGAUUUCAUUUCGAAAAACAAUAAUAAUUUUCUGACAGUUGCUAGCUUUUGGGCCCCUGUUAUUGCUAUCUAUCUGAUGGACAUUCUCAUAUGGCACACUCUCUUAUCUGCAAUUGUUGGUGGAGUGAUGGGUGCACGGGCUCGGUUGGGAGAGAUACGCUCACUUGAGAUGGUGCAUAAACGCUUUGAGAGUUUUCCAGAAGCCUUUGCCAAGAAACUUGUAUCUGCACAAACAAAAAGGAUGCCCUUCAAUGUACAAUCAUCUCAGGUUUCACAAGAUAGCAACAAGAUUAAUGCAGCCAUAUUUUCCCCAUUUUGGAAUGAGAUAAUUAAAAGCUUGCGCGAGGAAGAUUUUAUCAGUACUAGGGAGAAGGACUUGCUUUCUAUGCCUAGCAACAGUGGGAAUCUGAGAUUAGUGCAAUGGCCUUUGUUUCUCCUGAGCAGUAAGAUCCUGUUGGCAGUUGAUUUAGCUUUGGACUGCAAAGAUACACAAGCAGAUCUUUGGAAUAGAAUUUGCAGGGAUGAAUAUAUGGCAUAUGCUGUUCAGGAGUGCUUCUACAGUGUUGAACGGAUUUUACAUUCCUUGGUUGAUGGCGAAGGCAGACUUUGGGUUGAAAGGAUCUUUCGUGAAAUCAAUAGUAGUAUAUUGGAGGGUUCACUUGUUAUAACAUUAGUUCUUAAAAAGCUUCCACUGGUCCUCUCAAGGUUCACAGCAUUGACUGGGCUCCUGACACGGAAUGAAACUCCUGAACUUGCAAGAGGUGCUGCAAAAGCCGUUUAUGAUCUUUAUGAGGUUGUUACACAUGAUCUGCUUUCAUCUGAUUUAAGGGAGCAGCUUGAUACAUGGAAUAUAUUAUUAAGGGCAAGAAAUGAAGGACGACUUUUUUCUAGGAUAGAAUGGCCUAAUGAUCCCGAAAUUAAGGAGCAGGUGAAGCGGCUGCACUUGCUUCUUACAGUAAAGGAUUCUGCAGUAAAUAUUCCAAAAAAUCUUGAAGCAAGAAGAAGAUUGGAGUUUUUCACAAAUUCGUUGUUCAUGGAUAUGCCUACUGCAAAGCCAGUUUCUGAAAUGAUGCCAUUCUGUGUCUUCACCCCGUACUACAGUGAAACUGUCCUUUAUAGUUCCUCUGAGUUGCGCGUUGAAAACGAGGAUGGGAUUUCUACUCUUUUCUAUCUUCAGAAGAUUUAUCCAGAUGAAUGGGAUAAUUUUUUGGAACGGAUCGGUCGAGGAGAUAGUGGGGAUGCAGAACUUCAAGAAAACUCUCGUGAUUCCUUGGAGCUUCGGUUUUGGGCAUCUUAUCGAGGACAGACAUUAGCUAGGACAGUGCGUGGCAUGAUGUAUUAUAGAAGGGCGUUAAUGCUCCAGAGUUUUUUGGAGAAUAGGUCACUUGGAGAGGGUUACUCUCAAUCAAACUUCCUAACAACAGAAGGUUUUGAGUUGUCACGUGAAGCACGGGCACAAGCUGAUAUAAAGUUCACUUAUGUAGUCUCUUGCCAAAUUUAUGGGCAACAAAAGCAGCGGAAGGCUCCGGAGGCGGCUGAUAUUGCACUUUUGUUGCAGAGGAAUGAGGCACUGCGAGUUGCUUUCAUACACGCUGAAGAGAUUGCUGCAGCUGAUGGAACGAUUUCAAAGGAAUUCUAUUCAAAGCUUGUUAAAGCUGAUAUAAAUGGGAAAGAUCAGGAGAUAUUUUCCAUUAAACUUCCUGGAGAUCCAAAACUUGGAGAAGGGAAGCCUGAAAACCAAAAUCAUGCUAUAAUCUUUACUCGUGGCGAAGCUGUUCAGACCAUUGACAUGAAUCAGGAUAACUAUCUUGAGGAGGCUAUGAAAAUGAGAAAUCUGCUUGAGGAAUUCCGUGCAAAUCAUGGCAUUCGACCUCCAACUAUUCUGGGCGUUAGAGAGCAUGUGUUUACUGGAAGUGUUUCAUCUUUAGCUUGGUUUAUGUCCAAUCAGGAGACAAGUUUUGUGACCUUGGGCCAGCGAGUUCUAGCAAAUCCACUCAAAGUCCGUAUGCACUAUGGACAUCCAGAUGUCUUUGAUCGAAUUUUUCAUAUAUCGCGUGGUGGCAUUAGUAAGGCGUCACGUGUCAUUAAUAUCAGUGAAGAUAUUUAUGCAGGGUUUAAUUCCACAUUGAGGCAGGGAAACAUUACGCACCAUGAAUACAUUCAGGUUGGAAAGGGCAGAGAUGUUGGGUUGAACCAGAUUGCCCUAUUUGAAGGUAAAGUUGCCGGUGGGAAUGGAGAGCAAGUUCUGAGCAGGGAUAUAUACAGGCUUGGUCAACUUUUCGACUUCUUUAGGAUGCUUUCUUUCUUCUUCACAACUGUUGGUUUUUACGUCUGCACAAUGAUGACAGUGCUUACAGUAUAUUUUUUCUUAUACGGAAGGGUCUACCUGGCUUUCUCUGGAGUUGAUCGUGGACUUGCGCGGCUUGCUGCUCUGGGUAAUACUUCACUGAAUGCAGCUUUAAAUGCUCAAUUUUUGGUCCAGAUUGGAGUCUUCACUGCAGUGCCAAUGGUAGUGGGUUUCGUACUUGAACUGGGAUUGCUGAAGGCUGUGUUCAGCUUUAUUACGAUGCAGCUUCAGCUAUGUUCAGUCUUUUUCACCUUUUCGUUAGGAACUAGAACUCAUUAUUUUGGGCGUACUAUCCUCCAUGGUGGCGCAAAGUACCGAGCAACCGGUAGAGGCUUUGUUGUCCGUCACAUAAAGUUUGCUGAUAACUACAGGCUUUACUCAAGAAGUCAUUUUGUCAAGGCUCUGGAAGUGGCGUUGCUGCUGAUAUGUUACAUUGCUUAUGGAUACACGAAGGGAGGUGCUGUUUCUUAUGUUCUCGUAACCCUUAGCAGUUGGAUCCUUGUCAUCUCAUGGCUGUUUGCUCCUUAUAUCUUUAAUCCCUCCGGUUUUGAGUGGCAAAAAACCGUCGAGGACUUUGAUGAUUGGACCAAUUGGCUUCUGUACAAAGGUGGUGUUGGGGUGAAGGGAGAACAUAGCUGGGAAUCUUGGUGGGAUGAAGAACAGAUACAUAUCCAAACAUUGAGAGGCCGGAUAUUAGAGACAAUUUUAAGCUUGAGGUUUUUAAUAUUCCAAUAUGGAAUUGUCUACAAACUAAAGCUUAAAGGAAAAGACACGUCACUUGCGAUUUAUGGCUUCUCUUGGGUUGUACUGGUUGGAAUUGUUAUGAUAUUUAAGAUCUUCACGUUUAGCCCCAAGAAAUCAACCAAUUUCCAGCUAAUGAUUCGGUUCAUGCAAGGAGUUACUUCCUUAGGACUUGUUGCUGCCCUUGUUCUUGUUGUGGCUUUUACAAACUUAUCUAUUGCUGAUCUAUUCGCUAGCAUCCUUGCGUUUAUUCCUACUGGAUGGACCAUUUUAUGUCUGGCAGUGACAUGGAAGGGAAUAGUGAAAAGAUUAGGCUUAUGGGAUUCAGUGCGGAAAUUUGCCAGAAUGUUCGACGCUGGGAUGGGUUUGCUCAUUUUUAUGCCCAUAGCUGUAUUGUCUUGGUUCCCAUUUGUUUCAACUUUCCAGUCUCGCUUACUCUUCAACCAAGCAUUUAGUCGGGGGUUGGAGAUCUCCCUGAUCCUUGCCGGGAACAAAGCAAAUGUUGAAUCCUGAUUUGGACACUUGUUGUUUCUGGGAGAGAAUGUCAAUGGUUUCAACUUGUCGGAAUUGUAAUAUUGAGCUGUCCUUUUUGUACAUAUUGUAUUUUAUUUAGGUUUCCAUUUUGGGGUGGGGGGUAGGAGAACUAAAGUGGAUGCUCAAUGUGCUAAUGUUGAUUCCUGAUUUGGAUGGCCACUUGUUUCUGGGAGAGAAGGUCAGCGGUUACAACUUGUUGGGAUUGUGAUAUUGAGCUGCAAGUCCUUGUUGUAUCAUACUGUUUAUUUAGGUUUCCAUUUUGGGGUGGAGGUUGGGAGAAGUAACAUGGAUGCUCAAAUGUACAGAAGGUUUGGGAGAAUACUUUGGCUGAUUAUUUAUGUUGAUUCUUUUGGAUUGCAAUGAAUACGAAUUUUGGUUGCUUCU